ACGGGUAUAAUCGUUAUCAGGGCGCCCUCAGUCUGUAUUUGUUUCGCUCUGACCUGAGACAGGACCGGUGCCUUGAGAGGUUGUGGUGGACCCAGACCACCCUGAGCCAGGGCAGCGGAGCAGUUAAUUAUAUGUCGGUCCUCGCGCUGCUGGUUAACGUUUCUGUAGCCGCCGAGCAGUUGUUAGCUCACACAAAGAGGGGAGUCCUGCUAACUAACUAGCCAAACAACCAACAAACCUCCUGGUCUUAAAAAAGAAAUGGAUACGUUUCAGAAGGUGGAGAAGAUCGGAGAGGGGACGUAUGGAGUGGUUUACAAGGCCAAGAACAAAGUCACCGGAGAAACUGUUGCUCUCAAGAAGAUCAGGCUAGACACGGAAACAGAGGGAGUACCGAGCACUGCCAUCCGAGAGAUCUCACUUCUCAAAGAACUCAGUCACCCAAAUAUUGUCAAAUUGCGGGAUGUCAUCCACACCGAGAACAAGCUCUACCUUGUUUUUGAGUUCCUUCAUCAGGAUUUAAAAAAGUUCAUGGACUCCUCCUCAGUCGCUGGUAUCCCACAGCCUCUGAUUAAGAGUUAUCUCUUCCAGCUGCUGCAAGGCCUGGCCUUCUGCCACUCUCACAGGGUUCUUCAUCGAGACCUGAAGCCACAGAACCUCCUCAUCAACGCCCAGGGAGAGAUCAAGCUCGCUGACUUUGGCCUGGCAAGAGCCUUCGGGGUGCCUGUCCGCACAUACACACAUGAGGUGGUAACACUUUGGUACAGAGCACCAGAAAUUCUCCUGGGCUGUAAAUACUACUCCACAGCUGUUGACAUCUGGAGUCUGGGGUGCAUCUUUGCUGAAAUGAUCACCAGGAGGGCCUUAUUCCCCGGCGACUCGGAGAUCGAUCAGUUGUUCCGGAUCUUUCGCACCUUGGGCACACCUGAUGAGACUGUGUGGCCCGGAGUUACAUCGAUGCCUGACUACAAACCAUCUUUUCCCAAGUGGGCCAGGCAGGAAUUGUCCAAAGUGGUGCCUCUUCUUGAUGAGGAUGGACGAGAGCUGCUUGGGGAAAUGUUAAAUUAUGAUCCAAACAAAAGGUUAUCUGCCAAAAACGCCCUUGUACAUCGGUUCUUCCGCGACGUCACCAUGCCAAUUCCUCAUCUGAGACUUUGAGUCAAGCAGAAUAUCAGGCCAUUUUAAUGCCAACAAUAUCUGAGCAAUAAGGACCUCCCCGCCUCGCUUCAUGUCUGCGACUGGAAUGGACAGAAAAAGUGGACACUACAAGAUACGUUGGAACCCCUUAAUGGAUAUUAAACACCUAAAACCAGCUUUCUAGACGAUAGAUGUCCCGAGAGUUGUCAUCCUGAGAGAUGUUGUAAUAGUUAUGAACAUUUACCUGUAUAUUUUUCAGUAUAAUUAUUUUGCAUAUUCAUGUGCAACUGCCAUUUUUGAUGUAAAUGUUGUGAUUGUGAUGGUCCUCUGACAGAGUGCAGGUCAGGUAGACACAUUCUAGUUAUUAAAUUUCCCAAUUUACACAGUAUGUUGGCUUUAGGAUGUUCAAAUUCAAAUAGUCAAGUAGUUUUGAAUUAAAUAUGAUUGAAUAAGUUUGUGGGAUAGUGCAAAUAUCAAAUGUCAUGCUUUGGAAGACUGAGCAGCAGCUGAAUGAAAGAUGUGAGUGGCGGCUCUCAGCACAAGUUGUCACACAGCACACAUCAUCAUCUGAUUGCAAUUAUGUUCUUGUAGGUUGAUUUUCUUGCUGUUGAAUUAGAAAUUUGGUUCUAAAGUAUCUUGAAGAGAUUUUAAAGCUGCACCUUUUGGCUGUUCAACACGUUUAUUGGUCAUUCAGGUUGGCUGGCAGAAUAACUCACCAAACAGAAGCUCUCAGCUUUGUACAUACAGUUGUGAUAUUCAAAUGUUCCCUGUUGUAAUUCAGAUUUUACAGAAUUUAAUGCCGUCGCAUCUUUCUUACUCAAGAUUUUAUUCAAACCGUUUUUAUGGAUAUUGUUUAUUUACAGUUUUGAAAAAAUAAACUUGUUUAAAUAACUGUUA